CCAGUGGCUAGCUAUGCCGCUAUGCAGUGGUGUUACGGAAGUGUGAGUUGUGUGGCUCGUGAUCUUGCUCGUGAUGUAACAUGCAAUCGCGCAGCGCAGCUGUGUCAGCUGUGUAUUUAGCUCUCGCACCAACGCAGGAAACUUGCUAUCUGUGCGAAGUUGUUCAAUAGUAUUUCUGUAAAUUUACGAUAUAUGAACACACUUAGCAAUGGUCUUUGAAGAAUGGUCCACACCGCCGGUGUCAAAAGGGAGUACAGUAAUAUCCAAAUACCUUUGCCUCGCUCUCAGGGCCGUCUGCAGGUGGGGCGAAGGGAGCUGCCGCCACCCCCCUCCUUUCAUGCAUAGACAUCAGACAGGGUUGUGGCUGGUGCGUAAUGCCUGUCUCUUAGCAGACAGCAUUCUGAAUCGGCUGGUUGACCUUAUUCCUAGUUGGCUGUCUGGCUAUCUCCGAUGGUGUCCGACAUCUCCAGAGCAGCUUGAGCAGGCAGAGAAAACUCUUCUAAAAUAUGUUAAGAAUACCUACAGCACAAGGUAUGUGCCCAUUCAAGCGGUUCGCGGAUGCUCAGGCCAGCAUCACAUCUGGUCGCUGGAGAUGAAACCUCCAGGAACUGCUAGUGAGAAGCUUCCUUUGGUGAUGGUGCAUGGAUUUGCAUCAGGGCUGGCCCUCUGGGUUUUGAACCUGGAUGAACUUAGUCGAGACCGGCCCGUUUAUUGUUUUGAUCUGCUUGGCUUUGGUCGCAGUUCACGCCCCACAUUUUCGUCGGAUGCGAUAGAAGUGGAACAGCAAUUUGUAGAAAGCAUUGAAAACUGGCGCAAAUCAGUGGGACUGGAACGUUUUAUACUUCUGGGUCACAGCAUGGGUGGCUUUUUGGCAUCUGCGUAUGCUUUGCUGCAUCCCAGUCAUGUGGCACACCUGGUACUAGCUGAUCCUUGGGGCUUUCCUGAACGUCACCUGCCUUCCAACAAGACCUUACAGUUGCCAGCAUGGGUCAAAGCUGUGUCCACAGUUCUCCGACCUUUUAAUCCUUUGGCUGGGCUACGUGCAGCAGGACCUCUAGGUCCAAGACUUGUGGAGAAGGUCCGACCAGACAUCCAGAAGAAGUACGAGCAUGUCAUUACGAACCCAGAAAUCAUCUCUAGCUACAUCUAUCACUGCAAUGCACAGACUCCAAGUGGCGAAGCAGCAUUCAAGGCAAUGUCUACACAAUUUGGCUGGGCAAAACACCCAAUGGUGAACCGAAUCCUUGAUCUGCACAAAGGUGUACCUAUGACAUUUAUUUACGGCUCAAGAUCAUGGAUUGACAAGCAGCCAGGAAUCCAUGUGCAGCGAUUACGAGAAGACAGUGAUGUUGACAUUGAGAUUCUAGACGGAGCAGGUCAUCAUGUGUAUGCUGACAGACCUGACCUUUUUAAUGAUGUUGUUAGUGGCAUCUGCCGCAGUGUGGACGACUUUGAGAACGUUGGACAUUUGCCGGCACGAAGGUCCUCCUGGUUGCAAGGGACUGCUCAAGGAUGUGUUGACCUUGAAGAUGAAAAAUCCAUCCCGGCAAGCAUGAGCUUCGCUAGUGAAAAUCCUUGGUAGCUCUAGUGCAAUUCCUAUUCUGACUUUGUAGUUUUAUGCUGCAUAUAUACCACAUCACCAAGCCCACCAAUGCUAGCACAAGAACUUCCUGAGACCCAAGUCUAGAGCAAGUGGGUAAUACAUUAUGCUCAUGUCCAUCAUGAACUGUCACUCCUUCAGCCAAGCAUUCUGAAAGCAUUAAUUUGACAUAUUUUAUGGUUGCAUGUACAUGCUGUAUAGUUUACCCAUUUUACAACGUAUGUCCAUCAGAAAAAGUAAAAUUAUUUAUCGGUUUUG